AUGUCACAUUCCACUCUUGACCAUGAUCGUCUUAACCGCAAACACACUCUCCUAGCGUCAUCCGUAUCAUCCUCAAGUAGUAUGAAGAGUGGCUUUAGUACGGCAAAUAAUGUCUGGGGCGCUCUGGCGUCGAAGGCACAAACAUUCUUCUUGAAGACCGGCAGAUUCACAAUCAGAGGAAACUCCACGGGCAAGAGAAUCAAGCCCAUCACAAAGCUAGCCACUAUCUAUGAGAAACGCGCCGACGAGGAGCACAAACCCUCAAAAGCGUCAACGCCAUCCAAUGUGGAGAGAGAGAAAUUGAUUCCUCGUGCUGUUCUUGCUGUGGACUACAAGAGUCCAGUUGGAAUGUUCCAUAUGCCCAAGGCCAUCGGUAUUGUUCUCGAGUCAGAGCAACAAGCGGAGAGAUGCGUGGCCCCUGUUCCUGUGAAAUUCUCACCCCCUAAACCCAAACUUCCUACUCCACGUCGUGUCCCGGUGCCGUCCUUCGAGGAGGGCAAAGAAAAUGCCCCGCCUUGA